AUGAAACAAAAUAACACAGAAAAAUGGGAAGAGCCUCCGAACGAAGAAACGAAGGAAGAAUAUCUGGAAAGAAUUUUCAGUCUCGAUUACCGUGGCAUCGAUUCAAACAUUAUCCAAGCAACAUCAAACGUAUUGAAAAUUCCCAUCAUCAUUGUCACCUCAUCUCCUGAUCACACCCAAGCUCAACGAGUUUUUAAACCAAUGAGUCAUACCCAGAAAACAUCUACGCUUAUUAUUGGUCGCACCGAAGAAAUGGUUUUCCACAAUACCGUUGCGUUAGAAGUCAAGUCGUCUGCUGAAUUACCAAAGCAACAAGAAACGUCACCAGUAAACUCUUCCUCAGUCCCUGAUAAUAGAAACAAAAGUCAAAAGAAACGGGUAAUCAGCAGUUCAGAAGAUCGACCAUCUACUAGCGGAAGUUCUCAGCAAGGUUAUAUGGGAACUACGGAUGAAGCUGAAAAUGCCCAAGCAAAUAACGGCAAAAACAAGCCAGAUGAUUUCUAUUUUCGCAAGAUGACUGAACAAGAAGAUGAGAAAAAGGAGGGUUUUUUACGACGUCUUGCAAAAAAGGUCGCCAAAUACAUCAGCACAAUGAUAAUAUUUGGUAUUGUUUUAACUGGAGCGUUAGUGACAAAGUCUACUUUAUUUGUUCUCGGCAACGCCUACACACAGGACUACAGUAAUAGCGAAUGCCCAUACGUGAGAGAAGGCAGAGGCCAACAAUACAAUUAUCCAAAAUACAUGGUCAUGUUGAUAUUGAUGAGCUGUCUUUGUUUUCCUGAAGUUAUAGCACUUUUUUACAGUUUGUGGAAAAUUAAAAAAUCUGGUAGAGCGCGAGACGAAAAAUCUAGUUGGAAAAAACCAAUUCUGAUUCUUUUAUUGUUUGGAUACUGCUUCAUAUGUUGGUUGGUCUAUGAACAAGAACAGAACUUAGUAGUUACAAUCUGCGCUGUUAUAGUUUUGUUUUCUUUUGUCAUUUAUGCUGGCAUCGAUAAAAACAAAUUUGUUGUGUCUGAGAAAACAAAUGGCGAUCCGAUAUUUUUCAAAGACUACAGCAGAGUUGACAGAAGAUGUUCGAGAAUAAUGACUGCAUUUUGGUUUGCGGCUGUAACACACUGUCUCUCAGGACUGGGUACGUUUUUCUUUGGGAGUAUGGCAUGCCAGACACUGAUUCAAAUACCCGGAUUUUGGCUUCCUCUGGUACUAGCAACUCCGAUUAUGAUUGUACUGAGUGCAGCUUUUUCAAUUCCGCAAUUUAAUCCCGCAAGUCUGACACUGAUGGAUUUUUAUAAUUUACCUUUGAAAUAUCCCGAAAUUAACGAUUUUAUUGGUUGGAAGACCAAUUAUCAGUUGGAUGACUGGUGGGUGCUUAUAGUUGGGUUUGCAACUGCUUGGCUAGGCGUUAUUUUGUUGACGUUAUUUUUGUGGAAACAGAAUCAAGAGAGACUGGAAAGAAAUGAAAUUCUUUUCGUCAAACCAAUCUUUGCUGGUUCUUUCAUCGCCGAAUCGAUGCUGUUGAACAGAAGACAAUAUCCGAUACAAGAAUCAGAAUACAAUAAAAAGAGGAAAAAAGGAAACAAGGCAAAAGAUGGUUCAUCAUCCAUACCAAAAGUUUAUCUAUGCGCCACCUUGUGGCAUGAAAAUAAACAAGAAAUGACACAGCUUUUGAAAAGCAUAAUGAGACUAAAUAAGUUCCGUAACGACCCAAAGAAAGUAGCUCGUGACUAUUUUGAGUUUGAGGUUCAUAUUUUAUUUGAUGACGCUUUUAAUGACGGACAACUGAACGAGUAUGUCACAAAGUUCCUCAAAUUGAUACCGGAAGCUGCAAAUAAAAUUAAAAAAGAUAAUAGCGAAAAUAUUAUGGACCAAUUUUGUGGAACACCAUACGGCGGAAGAAUAGAACUGCAAAUACCUGGGAAUAAUAUAAUUAUACACCUGAAAGACAGUUCAAAAAUCAGACAUCGCAAACGUUGGUCCCAGUGUAUGUACAUGUACUAUAUAUUGAAGCAUUUGCACAAAGGUAUAGAAGAUCAGUUGAAAAAUGUCUAUAUUCUUGCUCUGGACGGAGAUGUGGACUUUCAACCAGAGUCAUUGACAAUGUUAUUGGAUCUAAUGAAAAAAGAUGAUAAUGUAGGAGCAGCGUGUGGACGAAUUCACCCUAUCGGUAGUGGACCAAUAGUCUGGUUUCAAAAAUUUGAGUAUGCAGUCGGACAUUGGUUGCAGAAAACAACAGAAGAUGUUCUUGGAUGUGUUCUGUGCAGUCCAGGAUGUUUCAGUUUGUUUAGAGGAACUGCUCUAAUGGAACCAAAUGUUGCUGGAACUUACACGGAUGUAGCGGAAGGAGCUCGACAAAAAAUACAAUGGGAUCAGGGCGAAGAUAGGUGGUUGUGCACGUUGCUGUUGAAAGCAGGAAAAAAGAUCGAAUACUGCUCAGUUUCCGAUUCGUACACGUUUGCACCAGAAAGUUUUAAAGGGUUUUAUGAUCAAAGAAGACGAUGGGGGCCAUCAACAUUAGCAAAUAUAUUUGACAUUUUGCUCGAUGCAAAAAAAGCCAUCAAGAAUAACGAAUGUAUAAGUCGUGGAUAUAUUGCUUAUCAGAUGGGUUUGAUGGCGGCCUCACUUCUUGGACCUGCUACUGUCGUUCUAAUUAUACAAGGAGCUUUUCAAUAUGUAUUCAACAUGAGUCCAAUCGGGGGAUUGAUGGCUGCACUAAUACCAGUGAUCAUUUUUGUCAUCAUAUGCUACACUACCAAAUGUGACUUUCAAAUACUCGUGGCUCAAAUUUUAUCCCUCAUAUAUGCUCUAGUGAUGAUGGCCGUUUUAGUCGGAGUUAUUGGACAAAUGGCAGAGAAUAUUUUGAAUCCUACUUCGAUGUUCAUGUUGAUAAUGAUUGGAAUGUUUGGACUAACCGGAAUAUUGCACCCAACAGAGAUAACGUGCCUGUUGCAUGGUUUGAUGUACUACAUAUGUGUUCCGUCUGCUUUCAUAUUCCUUGUAAUAUACAGUUAUUGCAACAUGCAUGAUGUAUCAUGGGGGACAAGAGAAGACAAACCCAUAAAACCUGAUCCCAAUGAACUGAAAUCUCCGAAGAACAAAACAAAAGAAGAUAAAACCAAGCAGGAAUUGAAUAAAGGAAACUACGGCGUUGGCUGGGGAAGCCUAUGCAAAUGUGCAAUAUGCCUAAACGAUUAUGAGCCAAUUCCCAUGGAAGAACCGGGAAAUGACGAGACAGUGCAAGAUGAACAACCAAAAAAAGAGUAUCCGGGAAAACCAACUAAGGACAUUGAUGAAAUACGAAAAGACGCCAAAUACGAUGAAAGAUGCAAAGCCUCGGGAAUUAAUUGGAAUCUGGCCCAUCAAUGGCCGUACACCAAACCUCAUGUUAUAAAAGUACAAGACGAUGAGAAAGAGUUUUGGAAUAAACUGAUAAGCAAUCGUCUGUCUCCACUAAACAAAAGCGACCCUAAACAAAAAGAUUUGAAGAAGAAGCUGGAAGGCGAAUUGAAAGAUUUUCGUAACCAAAUGACUGCUGGAUACUUUUUUAUUAAUAGCAUUUGGAUCGUUCUGACAUUCUCGUUAACUCUUGUUAUUCAAGACGUCAAUAUUACAUUUUAUGACAAAUAUGGCAAUGCCAUCGUGAAUGAAAAAGGAAAAACUCAUGAAAAUAAAAACAAAAAGCACAAAGGAAAAUCGGCAAAUGGCCAAUAUUUCUCGAAAAUAAAUAUGGCUUUUUCCCCCGAAGAGAGAACAACGAAAGAGGGAAGUGGCAUUAAGUAUACCACUACAUCGUCCAAAAGCGAGGACAAAGUCGACGUCUGA